UAACUUUGCAAUAGUGCAAUACGGCAGUAGCAUCAGGACAGAGCUCUCUCUUCUAGAAAAUAAGGAUCGUGCCAGAACCUUGCAAAAGGUCAAGGAAAUACAGCAAAUUUUCAAUCUCACCAACACUGCCUCUGCCAUCCAUCAUGUCCUCACAAAUAUUUUCAUCCUUGAGAAUGGAUCAAAAAAAAAACUCCAAAAAAAUUAUAAUUGUAUUGUCUGACGGGAAGAUUUUGGGAGACCCAAUGAAUCUUACUGAUGUUUUGAACAUGCCACAAAUGAAAGAUGUCACUCGCUAUUCCAUUGGGGUUGGUGAAGGUAUUCUGUCUAAUCCUGAAGCAAUAAAAGAGAUGAAGGACAUAGCAGAUCCUGAUCAAUUUUUCAGUGUUUCCAAUUAUACCGGAUUAGACGACAUUCUGUCCUCACUGAAAAGUAUAAUUGGAAUUAAAGAUAUAGAUGUGUCUGGUCAGGCUAAAUGUGCUCAUAGCUGUGCGAAUGUGCCGGGAUCGUUCCGUUGUGUGUGUAAUCUGGGGAUCGAGCUGGACACUGAUGAGAAUCACACCUACCGGCCCUCUGAUUUCCCUGAUGUGGAAAACAGGGAUGGAAUUGAGGAAUCCGAGCUCAAAAUUGAAAAUUUCUGUAUAAAGCAGAAUGUCACAUAAUUCAGCAAAUUUUUCAUGGCUACUAAAGAUAUAUAAAUAUUCAGUUUGGGUGAUUUUUUUUUUGUUAAUCUUUUUUUUUUUUUUUUUUGUUAAUCUAGCCACUGUACCAAUUAAAAACCUAGGAUAGUUUUGAUUUACUUCUAUGAGUUUGCAGAGAUUUUCGGCCUUGGCAGCUUUUAGAGCCUGUCUAUAGAUAUUCUGUGUUAGAGAAAUAUUAUUUCUUAUGUGCAUUCAAUCAAUGCCACUGCUUAUACGUGAUUAAUUUUGUCGAUCUCACAUGAGUUACAAAGAUUUCCUUAUAACAUUUAAUCAAGACAGACAGUUUGUUUUUGACACAUACGUACAUAUUUGUGUGUGUAAAUCAGUAUUUUUAUUGUAUGUAUUGAAACAGACUCUGUACCUUUAUCGCUACUCAAUAUAUGAUGCUUUUGACAGAAGGAUUAGGGGAGGAGGACAAAGUUAAUG